AUGACCCUGCGGCGGCGGAGGCGGCGGCGGCUCCGGCCGAAGGAGGAUGCGGCACCGGCGGUGGCCCCGGAGAGCCCCGGCCCCGCCGAGCUCUACCGAGCGCUGGCGGCGGCCGGCGGGACCCUGCCCCGCGUGCGCAAGGACACAGGGUUCAAGUGGGGAUCCCCGAGCCAGUCCCCAGAGGAGCACAGGAGGGUGGUGAUGCUGGAGAAGAAGGCAGAGGAGUCUUUCGGCUUCGAGAUCCAGACCUACGGGCUGCACCACCAGGACAGGAACAGCGUGGAGAUGUUCACCUUCGUGUGCCGAGUGCACGACGGGAGCCCGGCCGAGGCCGCGGGGCUCAAGGCUGGGGACACCAUCACAGGAGUGAAUGGGCUCAAUGUGGAGGGCAUCCGGCACCGGGAGAUCGUGGAGAUCAUCAAGAGCUCAGGGAAUGUGCUCCGGCUCGACACGCUCUAUGGGACGUCCAUCCGCAGGGCCGAGCUGGAGGCCCGGCUGCAGUACCUGAAGCAAACCCUCUAUGAGAAGUGGGGAGAGUUUCGCUCGCUGAUGGUGCAGGAGCAGCGGUUGGUGCGGGGUGUGGUGGCCAAGGACCCCAGCAUCUAUGACACUCUGGAGUCCAUCCGCUGGUGCCUGCAGGGGGAGGGACUGCCGGGGGGCUCCUCCCGUGCCAGCGGCAGCGAUGACUCCCUGUACCAGACCUGCGUCUUCGCCUCUUCCAGCUCCUUGGAUGGGGACAAGGAUGGGGACAAGGACAAGGAUGAGGACAGCGGG